CACAUUUCUGAUUUUAGCGUGUGAGCGGGACUUUUAUUUUGGAGGGGAGAUAUGACAUCAUAAGGCUGUGCCAGGCUCCUGCUCUGUUGUGAUUUGUCUGAAGAAAGGUUUGUGUUUUGAGCAUUUGAAGUGUUCCAAACUGUUCUGGCAAUUUUAUGCUUCUAAUGAGAACUCUUAAAUUUAUGUUUUAUUACUGAAUGCAACAUUGUAAUGCUUUAUAUAACCUUUUUUAACUUUUUUUUUUUUUUUUUAGCAAAGUACAUCCACACAUGAGUAACAUUUAGUUUGGAUUUAUUUUCCUUCUGUUAAUUAUUCUCAUCUUGUUCAAACUCACAGAAAAACAUCCACGUGACACACUAUUAUAAAGAUGGCGUUUAUUAAAGAGGAGAGUGCAGACAUUAGGAUUUCAGAAGUAUUCAGCAUCAAACAUGAAGAUACUGAGGAACAAACAGACCUGAAGAUGCUGAAAGAGGAGAGUCAAGAACUGAAUGAAAAUGAAGAGAAGUACCUGGUUGAGGAAAAUCCUGAUUUCAUAACGGAAGAAAAAUAUUUUAGCUGCUCGCAGACUCAAAAGACUUCCACACGAAAAAUAGCUCAGAAGACUAGAGGUUUCUCCUGCCAACACUGUGGCAAAAGUUUUACUCAAAAUGAAACCCUUAUAAGACACAUGAGAAUUCACACCGAAGAGAAACCUUUCACCUGCAAACACUGUGGAAAGAUUUUUACUCAUAAAGGAAACCUUAAAAAGCACAUACGAAUUCACACUGGAGAGAAGCCUUAUGCAUGCACUCAGUGUGGAAAGAGUUUCACUGAAAAAGGAAGUCUUAAAAUCCACAUGAGAAUUCACACUGCAGAGAAGCCAUACACAUGCCAACAGUGUGGAAAGAAUUUCACACAAAAUGAAAGGCUUAAAGUCCACAUGAGAAUUCACACUGGAGAGAAGCCUUUCACCUGCCAAGAGUGUGGAAAAGGUUUCAGACAAAACGAAAGGCUUAAAGUCCAUGUAAGAAUUCACACUGGAGAGAAGCCUUUCACCUGCAAACAGUGUGGCAAGAGCUUCACUGAAAAAGGAAACCUUGAAGGCCACAUGAGAAUUCACUCCAGUGAGAAGAUAUUUACCUGCCAACAGUGUGGAACGAGUUUCACUGAAAAAGGAAACCUUAAAAAACACAUGACCGUUCACACUGGAGAGAAGCCUUUCACCUGCCAACAGUGUGGAAAGAGUUUUACGCAAAAAGGACAUCUUAAAAGCCACAUGAUAAUUCAUACUGGAGAGAAGCCUUAUACAUGCCCUCAGUGUGGAAAGAGCUUCGCUGAGAAAAGAAACGUAAAACUCCACAUGAGCGUUCACACUGGAGAGAAGCCUUUCACUUGCCAACAGUGUGGGAAGAGUUUCACACAAAAAGGACAUCUUAAAGUCCACAUGAGAAGUCACACGGGAGAGAAAGCUUUUACUUGCCAACAGUGUGCAAAGAGCUUCUCUCAAAGGGGACAUCUUAAAGUCCACAUGAGAGUUCACACUGGAGAGAAAGCUUUUACUUGCCAACAGUGUGGAAAGAGCUUCUCUCAAAGAGCACAUCUUAAAGUCCACAUGAGAGUUCACACUGGAGAGAAGCCUUUCACCUGCCAACAGUGUGGAAAGAGCUUCACAACAGAAAUAAACCUCAGGUAUCACAGGCGAAUUCACACAGGAGAGAAGCCGUUUACUUGUGAUCAGUGUGGAAAGAGUUUCAAACAUAAAAGAUCCCUUAACAGUCACUUGAGUUCACCCAAGAAGUGUGGAAAAAGUGUCAGCCUAAACCAGGGGUCAGCAAUCUUUAUGUCAUGAAGUGCCAUUUUUAAGUUUUAUAGUUGAUCCCUUUGCCACAACCCAUAUACCAUAUAUUUUAAAUAUUUGUUCAGUUUGCACAUCGACUCCUCUGUGGCGGGUCAGAUCUGUAGUGAUGCGUAUUGGAGUAGUGCUGUCACAUCCGGUUACCACAAGGCGUUAUAACACACUCUGACAUGUUUAUUUUUUUAGCAUUUUGAGAGGAGAAAAGUUUACAUACAGUAUGUGACUUCAACAACCAGGUGCAUUUUGUCCAGUUUCAUCUGGAGUGUGGAAAAAUGCUCUCUCUUUCUGAGGGCAUUUACCCCUGGUCUUUUUUUUUGCGAUUGGAUACCUAUGCGAUCAGAGAAAACACAUGAAUUGACCAGGUACACAUGAACUGAGUCUCCACAUGCAUCGCAGCCAUUUUGACGUGUGUGGAAUGUGAACAGGUACUCCUGCCGGCAUUGAUAGCCUAGUGCAGGGGUCUCAAAACUCUGUCCUUCAGAGUUUAGCUCCAAAACCAAUUAAACACACCUGAACAGCUCAUCAAGGUGUAACUAGGCAUACUAGAAACUUUCAGCCAGGUGUUUUGGAGCUGGUUGGAACUAAACUCUGCAGGACAGUGACCCUCCAGAACUGAGUUUGGAGACUCCUGGCCUAGUAGUUAAAGCCCAGGUCACACUGUGCGAUUUUGGCCAUGAUUUGGUCGUCUGAGACAAAUUUUGAAAAUCCUAAAAGAUUCCUAUAUUCCCAGGCUAAAAUAUGUAGUCUUUGAUCGCUGGUUUUACAUGCUCACUGACAGAUCAAAUUUGACCUCCGACAAAAUUCUGGCAGUGUCAGAAGAUUAGCCGCACAGUCCUGCAUGACUUCUCCUAGGAUGAACAUCAAACUGUCUCUGUUUUUCAAGACAAGCCAUGAUCAGAAUUAAUGAUAGAGAUUUCCUCUAACCUUGAUAAACUCCGGUGCUCUCGUCCUCCACUAAUGGAUAUAUGAUAUGUUGCCUUUGCUAUGAUUAACACUGGUUGAGCCGCUGCUUUCAUGUGGGUGUGUAGUGCUGCUUACACUAUUCUUCUUAAAUACGUCGGUAUUACUCUCAUUCAUAUACAGUGGGGGAAAAAAUGAUUUGAUCCCCUGCUGAUUUUGUACGUUUGCCCACUGACAAAGAAAUGAUCAGUCUAUAAUUUUAAUGGUAGGUUUAUUUUGACAUUGAGAGACAGAAUAACAACAACAAAAAAAUCCAAAAUAACGCAUUUCAAAAAAGUUGAUUUGCAUUUUAAUGAGUGAAAUAAAUAUUUGAUCCCCUAUCAAUCAGCAAGAUUUCUGGCUCCUAGGUGUCUUUUAUACAGGUAAGGAGCUGAGAUUAGGAGCACUCUCUUAAAGGGAGUCUCAGGUUGUUACCUGUAUAAAAGACACCUGUCCACAGAAGCUAUCAAUCAAUCAGAUUCCAGACUCUCCACCAUGGCCGAGACCAAAUAGCUGUCCAAGGAUGUCAGGGACAAGAUUGUAGACCUACACAAGGCUGGAAUGGGCUACAAGACCAUCGCCAAGCAGCUUGGUGAGAAGGUGACAACAGUUGGUGUGAUUAUUCACAAAUGUAAGAAACACAAAAUAAAUGUCAAUAUCCCUCGGACUUGGGCUCCAUGCAAGAUCUCACCUCGUGGCGUUCCAACGAUCAUGAAAAUGGUGAGGAAUCAGCCCAGAACUACACGGGAGGAUCUUGUCAAUGAUCUCAAGGCAGCUGGGACCAUAGUCACCAAGAAAACAAUUGAUAACACACUACACCAUGAAGAACUGAAAUCCUGCAGCGCCCGCAAGGACCCCCUGCUCAAGAAAGCACAUGUACAGCCCGUCUGAAGUUUGCCAAUGAUUCAGAGGAGAACUGGGUGAAAGUUUUGUGGUCAGAUGAGACCAAAAUCCAGCUCUUUGGCAAUUCAAUGAUGCUUUGGAAGGGGGUUUUCUGCUAAGGGCACAGGAUAACUGCACCGCAUCAAAGGGCAUUGAAGCCAGCCAGGUCAUUGAAAAUGGGUUGUGGAUGGGUAUUCCAGCAUGACAAUGACCCAAAACACAUGGCCAAGGCAACAAAGGAGUGGCUCAAGAAGAAGCACAUUAAGGUCCUGCAGUGGCCUAGCCAGUGUCCAGACCUUAAUCCCAUAGAAAAUCUGUGGAGGGAGCUGAAGGUUCGAGUUGCCAAACGUCAGCCUCAAAACCUUAAUGACUUGGAGAGGAUCUGCAAAGAGGAGUGAGACAAAAUCCCUCCAGAAAUGUAUGCAAACCUGGUGGCCAACUACAAGAAACGUCUGAAGGGUUUUGCCACCAAUAACUAAGUCAUGUUUUGCGAAGGGGUCAAAUAAUUAUUUCACUCAUUAAAAUGCAAAUCAAUUUAUAACUUUUGAAAUGCAUUUUUUCUGGAUUUUUUUUGUUGUUAUUCUUUCUCUCACU